AGUUAUUUCUGAAAGUUCUACAAAUAUAGUUCGGUUUGGUUUUCUUAAGCAAAAAAACCAUGAAAGCGUAUCCUGUUGUGAUUAAACUCUUUAUGGGAAUUCUGUUUUUGCCUAAAUAUUACACAAUCGAACUACGAGUACCAUUAUCCGAAGAUGUCUGUCGUUAUUUCAAGAAUGGUGAAAUUGUGCGUAAUCCCAGUUCCUGCACUGAAACAUUAAUAUGUCAAGAUGGCAAAAGUACGCCGCAUUCCAUAAAAUGUAACGGUGAUAAAAUAGUUUUAUUGUCAACAAUGGAUUGUGGAAAACCUAAAAAACCCGACAGUUAUUGCACACCAGUAUGUUCAAAAUCUAGUCAUAAAUGGAUUGCAGAUGAAUAA